AUAUUCAACAAAUGCCGUGUCAAUUUGUCAUUCUAUUGGGCUCACCUCUGUAACUCGUGUAGAGAGAGCAAUCAGAUAUUUGAUCACUGUUGAUAAAAAUGACAAGAUUCUUCUUGCAAAUACAAGAAAAAAUUUUAUAAAUGUUCUGCAUGAUAAAAUGACAGAGUUACCAUAUGAAGAACCAAUUCUCAGUUUCGAUCUAACGAUAACACCACAGCCAUGGUCGGAAGUGCCCAUACUUGAGCAGGGAAGAAAAGCACUCGAAAAAGUGAGUGAAGAAUUGGGACUUUCAUUUGAUGAUUGGGAUUUAGAUUAUUACACAAAUCUCUUCUGCAGUAAAUUACAAAGGAAUCCGACAACAGUGGAAUGCUUUGAUUUGGCUCAAUCAAACAGUGAGCAUAGUAGACAUUGGUUCUUUAAAGGAAGAAUGGUAAUUGAUGGAGUAGAAAAGAAAGAAUCUUUAAUAGAUAUGGUGAUGAGUACUCAACAAUUCAGUAGUUCCAAUAAUGUCAUCAAAUUUUCUGAUAAUAGCAGUGCAAUAUUGGGUUAUGCUGUAAAUAUAUUAUUACCAAAAGAUUCGCAUCAAUCUAGUUCCUUCAUUACUCGUCCCGGCGUACGUCAUAUCGUGUUUACUGCUGAAACUCAUAAUUUUCCUACGGGUGUUGCUCCGUUUAGUGGUGCAGCAACCGGUACCGGUGGACGUAUCCGAGAUGUUCAUGCAACAGGAAGAGGUUCCCAUGUGAUAGCUGGUUCGGCAGCUUAUUCCUUUGGAAAUUUAAAUAUUCCAGGAUACAUUUUGCCUUGGGAAGAUAAGACAUUCGAUUAUCCUUCUAACUUUGCCCUUCCUGUGGAUAUUGCUGUUGAAGCAAGUAAUGGAGCUUCAGAUUAUGGAAACAAAUUUGGUGAGCCAGUCAUUCUGGGAUUUGCUCGAUCAUUUGGAAUGCGUCUUCCAAACGGAGAACGACGUGAGUGGGUCAAACCCAUAAUGUUUUCUGGAGGAAUCGGGAGCAUCGACGCAGCAUUUAUUAAAAAAUUUGAUCCUCAGAAAGGAAUGACAGUCGUAAAAAUAGGAGGUCCAGUUUAUCGUAUUGGUGUUGGUGGUGGUUCUGCAUCUUCUGUGCAUGUUCAAGGAGACCAAAAGGCAGAAUUGGAUUUUAAUGCAGUACAAAGAGGAGAUGCUGAAAUGGAACAAAAACUCAAUCGAGUAAUUAGGGCAUGCAUAGAAUUAGGAGAAGGAAACAUAAUAUGUAGUAUCCAUGAUCAAGGUGCUGGAGGAAAUGGUAAUGUUUUAAAAGAAAUUGUCGAGCCUUCGGGAGCAAUUAUUUAUUGUGAUAAGUUCCAGCUUGGGGAUCCUUCUGUAACAACUUUAGAACUUUGGGGUGCAGAAUAUCAAGAGAGUGAUGCCAUACUUAUUAAACAUGGAGAUCAGAAAGUUCUUGAAUCAAUCUCUGUUAGAGAAAAAUGUCCGGUUAAUUUUGUUGGCGAAGUGGUCGGUAACGGACGUAUUAUAUUAGAAGAAAAACCAAAUGAAGAAAGACAUCCUGUUGAUUUACAGUUGGAGCAUGUACUAGCAUCUAUGCCAAGAAAGAUAUUUCAAAUGAAGAAAUACUAUCCCAUUCUAAAGCCAUUAUCGUUACCGUCGGCAUUAAGUGUACAACUUGCACUCGAACGAGUUCUUAGAUUGCCAUCUGUUGCCAGUAAACGCUAUUUAACUAAUAAGGUUGAUCGUAGUGUGACUGGCCUGAUUUCUCAACAGCAAUGUGUGGGACCUUUACACACUCCUUUGGCAGAUGUAGCUGUGGUUGCCCUUUCUUAUUUUGAUACUAUGGGAAGUGCAACUUCUAUUGGAGAACAGCCAAUUAAAGGUUUGUUGGAUCCUGCUGCUGGAGCAAGGAUGUCUGUUGCAGAAGCUGUUACCAAUUUGAUGUUUGCACCUAUAUCUUCUUUGCAGGAUGCCAAAUGCAGUGGUAACUGGAUGUGGGCAGCCAAACUUGCUGGUGAAGGUGCUGCCCUGUAUGAUGCAUGUGAGGCAAUGUGUGAAACAAUGAAAAAAUUAGGACUUGCCAUAGAUGGAGGGAAAGAUUCUUUGAGUAUGGCUGCUAGAAUAGGGAAAGAAACUGUUAAAGCCCCUGGAACAUUGGUGGUAUCAAUUUAUGCACCCUGUCCUGACAUAACUGCUGUGAUUACGCCCGAUCUGAAGUGUCCAAACGGAAAAGGACAUCUUUUGUAUGUUGAUCUUUCAUCUGGUAAGGGACGACUCGGUGGUUCUGCUCUAGCACAGUGCUUCAACCAGUUGGGCGAUAAAACAGCUGAUCUUGAAGAUGCUGAAUUGCUAAAAAUUGGAUUUGAAGUUACUCAAAGUCUGAUUACAGAUAACAAAAUAACUUCUGGACAUGAUGUUAGUGAUGGAGGUCUAAUAACCUGUCUCUUGGAGAUGGCAUUUGCAGGAAAUUGUGGCAUAACCACAAACAUAGAUAGUCCUUCAGGAUCUGUUUUGUCCACAUUAUUUGGAGAAGAGGUUGGAUGGAUAGUAGAAGUUAGAGAAGAUGAUGUUAAUGGUAUUAAGGAAGCUUAUAGAGUAAAAGGAAUUCCGUGUCAGUACAUUGGAUACAGUAGUGGUUUUGCUAAUGAAGCUAUGAUAACACUUAGUAUUAAUAACGAAGUUGUACUAAAAAAUAAAAUGACGACUCUAAGAGAUAUAUGGGAAGAAACGAGUUUUCAAUUAGAAUAUCGUCAGACAAAUCCGGAAUGCGUGACCCAAGAAAAGAACAGCAUCUCUCGUCGCAUCGCUCCUCCAUUUUGCAUAAAUUUUGACUUAACCGAAUGCAUUAAUCUUAAAAGAAUUACAUCAGCACCCAGAGUUGCAGUCAUCCGUGAAGAGGGAACAAAUGGCGAUAGAGAGAUGGUGGCCUCAUUGCACAUGGUUGGAUUUGAAGUGUGGGAUGUAACCAUGUCUGAUUUACUGUCCAGGAAAAUUAAACUAGAUAAGUUUAGAGGAGUGGUCUUUCCAGGAGGAUUCAGUUAUGCAGAUGUUUUAGGAUCUGCUAAAGGUUGGGCUGCUGGACUUCUGUUCCAUCAUGAAUUAGAAGAACAGUUUAAUGCAUUUUACGGUCGUUCGGACACAUUUAGUCUCGGUGUUUGCAAUGGUUGCCAACUGAUGGGCCUGUUAAGCUGGGUGGCUCCCACGGUGGACGAGUCCGGUAAAAGAAAACAGGGUUGUUUCCUUGCUCAUAACUUAUCGGAAAGAUUUGAAUCGCGCUUUGUUGCCGUGCGAGUAGAGAAAAGCAAGUCCAUUAUGAUGAGAGGAAUGGAAGAUUCGAUAUUAGGAAGGUUUACAUUCUGUGACGAAGCCACACGGUCUUCCCUACUGGCCGAAAAUCUGGUGGCCCUGACGUACGUGGACGACGAAGGUCUGCCGACCGAGGCCUAUCCGUUCAAUCCAAACGGAAGCGUGGCGGGAAUGGCAGGCAUCUGUUCUCCGGACGGCAGACACCUGGCCAUGAUGCCGCAUCCAGAGAGGUGCGUGUUUCCCUGGCAGUGGGCCUGGAUGCCAUUCGAAUGGAAGACGUCCGUGAAAGUCUCGCCCUGGGUUAAAAUGUUUAAAAAUGCACACGACUGGUGUAUGCAACAUUAAAAUGCCAAAAUACUUGAAAAUUGUAUGUACAAAUUAUUUUUGUAUAAUAAUCAAAAUAAACAAUAUAGCAAUUAAUAAUUUGAACCACAAUUUUAAGUUU